AUGAUGCAGACUGUCCUUCAGCGGCCGAUGGCUCCCACAUUACUCGAAGACGUUCCUCCGUCGCCCCUCGCCCCGGCCGUCAAGAGCUCGCUGAAUAACCCUCCGCUGGUCGAGACGACUGCAGAAUCGGCCCACAAGACGGUCGUCGUGGUCUUUGGUCAAGGACAGGAGAAUAUCGUCCCGCUCGUUGCCGAGGUUCUGGGGAAACCAUGGAUCACCACCUCGGCGGUUCCACCGCUCGCUGAAAGAAAUGGGAGUAUUAGUCUAGCGGCGGCGGCCGUCGUCGGCGUUCCUACGAGCGAGCUGCCGGGAAUCCUGGACGCCUGUGUCGACAGGGCUUCGUGGAUCGUGAUCAACACCCACCGGGUGGGCGGCGGCGACGCUGCUCCGGCCGAGGAGCUCACCGACCGCUGUGACUACGAGUUUCUCUACCCCGACAGCAGCCCGUUCUUCCGCCGCGACCUGACUCGCUUCCUGGCUUUGAUCCUGGGCCAGACGCGUGCCCACGAGGACCUCAAGACCAAGACCCGUACCAACUUCAUCUCCACCACCUUUCCCGACGUGCACGCUGCCCUGCCAAACCUGGACAUCCUGUCUGUCGGCUCCGACGCCGUCGAGAUCCGUGUCGAUCUCCUGGUCGAGCCCUCCUCCGCUGCGGCUGCGGCUGCGGCUGCGGCUGCUGCCACGGCCACCACCGUCCCCAGCCUGCAGUAUGUGGGCCAGCAGCUGAUGAUCCUGCGCCAACACACCGAGCUGCCCAUCAUCUUCACGACACGUUGCACCCGUGAGGGCGGCAAGUUCCCCAUGGACGACCCGGACCUGUUCUAUCGGUACCUUCGGCGCGCGCUCAAAUGGGGGGUCGAGUACCUGGACGUCGAGCUGUGGCUGCCGGAGCCGAUCCGGCAGCGGCUGGCCGAGGUCAAAGGCCACACCGUCAUCAUGUCUGCCUUCCAUGACUUCUCGGGCCACUGGAAGUGGACGUCGCCCGAGGCGCCGCGCAUCUUCGCCGAGAGCGCCCGCUACGCCGACAUCGUCAAGAUGAUCGCCAUGGUCACGCGCAUGGAGGAGAACUACGAGCUCGAGUACUUCCGCUCAACGAUCAAGGCCCAGUACCGCGACAACCCGCCGCUGUCGGCGGUCAACAUGGGCCAGCUGGGCCAGCUGUCGCGCGCCCUCAACACCGUCUUCUCGCCCAUCACGCACCCACUGCUGCCCAUGAUCGCCGCGCCCGGCCAGCUGACCGCCGCGGAGAUCAACGAGGCGCUGCAUAUCAUGGGCUCGCUGCCCAAGCGCGAGCUAUACGCGAUCGGCACCAUGCGUGCCACCCCGCAGUCGAUGUUCAUGGAGAAGUGUUUCAACGAACUCAGCCUGCCGCAUACCUUUAGCCCCAUCGACCGUGGGCCCAAGGGUUCCAUCGAGGCCGUCAUUCUGCAGCCCAACUUUGGCGGCGCGUACCUGAACCCACCCUUGCCGAGUCCCGUUUCCUCGACGACAACAACAACCGCCAUCCCCAACGUCAGCGAGGCGGCGCGUGCCAUCGGACUGAUCGACACUAUAGUGGUGGUGACGGGCAGCGGCGGGCCGCGACCGUUUGUCGGCGAGAACGCGACGUGGAAGGGGAUCCGUGCGACGCUGACGCGCGACUACGUCCCCUCUGCGUACUGUGGCCGGGCCGCCAUUGUGCUCGCCAGUACCGAGAGCGACGCCGCCCCGGCCGUCUUUGCCCUGCGUAGCUUGGGUAUCGGUCCGAUCUACACCGUCGGCUUCAAGGCCAACGGACCUUUGUCCGCGGGGUUAGAACCCCUCACCUCCAUCCACUCGGUCAAAUUGGUCGACAAACCGUUUGUUAUGGUGUCGGCGUUGCCCCCUGACAAGUCGCUUCUUGUCCAACCCCUCUUACGACAUUACAGCAGCAGCAGCAUCAACAGCAUCAGCAGCAGCAACAGUCGUAUGACUACCGGCCGGGUAUACCUGGACCUGACGAGUGGGACGCGCAAAGGCGACCCGCUCGGGGUGGCGGUCAGCGCCGGGUGGACAGCGUACGGGAUCGAAGAGGUGCAUGCAUGGACGACGGUGGAGACGCUGCGUCUGCUCGUUGGUCAGAACGUGCCUUUUGAUUUUGUGCGCAUGGCAUCCGGGCGGGUUUAUUGA